CCUCACACAACCACCACCACUCCUAUUCCGGACCCAACCACAAGCCAGUCUCCCUCUCCUACACAUUCAUCCUCCGCAAAGAACCCCCUCAAGUCUCUGCGCAACACUCGCAGUCGCUCUUCGGCCUCCCGCUCAGGUGACAGCGCCUCCCCCCCUCACUCUGCCCCACCUCCACCGGCACCCUCGACCCGAGCCUCACGUCGCAGCGGUCACUCUUCAAAGUCGCCAGAGAAAAUGCCUCCGCCCACCGCCGCCAGCCGUUCUCCCUCUCCGCCAGCAGCGGAGAAUAUCACCAUCAAGACCUCGUCGCCUUCAACUCGCCCUUUGACAAACGGCCACCAUACCCAUCACCAUCACCCCUCCGAAGAUAUCCUCAUGGGUGACAACUCCCCUCCCGUCGCCAACGGUGAUGGUGGUGAAGAUCACCUCGACAUUGACGAACAAGCAAAGCCGGACGAGGGCAAUGGAAUCAAGAGUAGUGCAAUCAACUCUGCCGACAGCGGCGAUCGGAUCGCUCCCUUCAAGAAGACCCAGAGCAUAAGGCUCGUCAUUAGGCCUCCUCCGUCCAAACACGCUGCUGAUGGGUCUGCAUCACCCGCUGCCGCAUCUGCGAGUGGUAUGCAGACUCGCGAACCCAGCUCGACUCCAACGGACGCUACACCAGUUGGGGAGGUCCCCGACCCAGGCUUUGCGCCGCCAGCAGUCACCACUGGUAGCCCUGAUGAAAUCAGGGCCGAGACUGCCGCCGAGGCUCAGCCCCCCGGCGGCGAUCACACUCCUCCCACCAAAACUCCCCCACCAUCACCCCCACCACCACCACCACCACCACCACAACCUCCCUCCACCAUGACAAUCUCCAUUACCCAGCACGCCGAAGAUGACAACGCCGAUGCAGCCAGCAAUACAAUUACGGCCGCUCCAACUUCGACAGCCACUGCCACUGUCACUUCCAGUCCUACGCCCACACCCACGCUCAUCCCCGCCACUGAGGCCCCGGCUGGUGCCUCCUUCCCUGUUGAGACUUCCGCAGAUGCCAACAUUGACAACAUUGCUGCCGCCACGGCUGUCGCCGCCACGGAGACCUCCACGCCCGUUCCUGACGACAAGCCGAAACGCCAGCCUAGACGGAAACGCAAGCGUCCUCUCCGCCGAGGUGAGGUUGAUCCCGACGACCCCGAGGCCGUCGCUGCCCAAAAGGCGCGUCAUGAGGCAAUUGACCUUGCCUUGGCCUCUCUCGACGAGCAGGAGAAGCAAAUCCACAACGACACCCACCCAGAUCUGAUCCGCUUGUUGAAUGAGCUGGAAGGCCGGUACAAGAAGAUUAUCGGGUUUCGUGACGCUCAACAUGAGGCGCAGCAGGCGGAGCUCAAGAGGAUGUUUGAACUUGAACAAAAGCAAAACAUGUUCCAGUUUCGCUCUGAUCGUGAGGAAUGUGCGCUCCAAAUGACCUACGAGUUUGCCAGGAAAAAGUCACGUCUCUCUGCAGAGAAGGUUUAUCACGACUUGAACGACGGGCGUCCCAGCACCAAGCGCAUGUUCACCAACAUGCCUAUGCUUGGCGAGGGCCGUGGAUGCGGUGGAUGGUACCGUCACCCUACCUCGCUCAUCUCCGACCAGUCCGAGGACACGGCGUAUGUGGUCAAGGACGGCACGAUCCGCAAGCGCCGCCGCGUUGUCAUGGGACCCGAGUCUGCGACAGCAGAAGAGACUAUGGAGGAUCUCAUCGAGCUGGGCCUGCGUCAGCCGGAACCUGAGCCCACUCCUGAGCCAGAGUCAGAGGAAGACGACGACGAUGACGACGAGCCCAUGGUAGUGGACGACCCGAUUCCGUUGCUCCUCGACCUGUCACCAGCAGUGCAGCCCGCUCCGCCGUCGGCUCGUCUUCCCGCGCCGCCUGCACGGACAACACCCACCCCAGCCCUCCCUCCUCCUCCCGAGUUGAGGCGAAGCCCAAUUCCGCGGUCCGCCCAUAUGCACUCGCCCUCGGCGCCCUACAACCUCCCUCCCCCGCCCGGCAUAAUGGCUGGACGCCUUCCCCCGCCCCCUCAGGCCGGCCCUACGUCGCGCUUCGCGCCACCUCCACCCCCGGAUCGCCGCUGGGACGAGUUUGAGCGCCGCCCGUCACGCACAGAGGAGCCGCCUCUCCCUCUCCGCGAUGACCCUCUGCUCCACCGCGACCCUCGGGGUGAUCCUCGCGAGCUGCGCGAUAGCCGAGACCCCCGCGAACCCCGCGAUCCACGCGACCCCCGCGAUCCUCGAGACCUCCGAGACCCCCGAGACCCGCGUGACUCGCGUGACCCGCGUGACCCGCGCGAUCUCCGUGCCCUCCCCGAACCGCCACUCGUUCGGCGUGCGCACGACGACCCGCUCGAUCAUCGCAUGCCGCCAUUCCGCGAUAGUCGUACGUGGUACCAUCGCCCGGCACCGAGUUUCAAUGGUCCUCCCCCGCCAGCGCCGCCUCCCACACAGCCACCACCUCCAGCAGGUUAUUACCGUAACGGGUGGCAUGAGACCGCGUAUCGACCACCAGCGCCGUCUAUUCCGAUGCGCCCUCCUCAGACCGCGACGGCGACGGGCCCGCCCCCGCCUCCACAGCCGCCCACGGCUACUUUGAGUGGUGAUGGAAUGUGGGGUCGCAACAACGAUUGGGUGCGCCGGGAUUCGGCCGCUCCGUUUUACAAUGGUCCGCCGCGUCCGGGACGCUGGGGCGAGCAUGCGGGGUCGAGCGCCCCUGCGGCGUACGCGACUGGCCGACCUUGAUUGUGCAGCGAUCUCUGGGCGGGGUGUGAGGACACGGAUCAGCUGCGCGCACACAGUGUUGUAACAAGAUCAGACUUAUCAUAGUGCAUCCAUGUCUUUGUAUGCAUGCUGUCGAUGAUU